CUCGAGUCUAUGUUGUUUAUCGAACCACACAUCUACCGCAUGACGUUGGAGGCGCUCAUUCGGUGUUCCUUCGCCAGUUCUCUCCCCUCUCGUGCGUGCGUGCAUCUUUGCUUUGGGAUCGAUCUUCCAUCCGAAAUUCAAAUCAGUAACACACUCCACCCUUAUCUGCGGGUUGGGCUGAGUGCUGCACCCCAGACACUCACUGUCUAGUGUCUACACGUCACCGCUCUGCGGCUUUCGGCUUUCUUGCGCUUCUCCUUAAUAUUCCCUGGUCCAUCCGAAUUGGGAUCUGCAUAACGACUCUACAAUAGCAUUAUAGGUGUACAUCAAGGGUCUCCGCCUCAAAAUCACCUCAUCCCUCUCAACCACAGUUUGCGACCCUGUCUUUGCGCAUGUGAAAGUACUCGCUACCGAUUUACCGGUCCGCAGUACCCUCGCAAACCACACGACUUCUUAACGGCCGCAUUUGCUCUUAGACACAUUCUUAAACAUCAUGUUUCACUCCUCGAAGCCAUACACCGCCGUGACGGUGCAAAUCGAAGUACUCACUAGCGAACAAUACGAUGUCGAAGACUCCAGCGGAAUUGUUGACCUGAUCGAAGCUAUCCGCAUACAAGCUAGUGGACCGCGGGAAGCCAGUCGUGCGCUGCGCAAGAAGCUCAAGUAUGGCAAUCUCCAUCGCCAGCUACGAGCCCUUACGAUCCUCGACUUCUUGAUACAGAACACCGGCGAUCGGUUCCUGCGCGAAUUUGCGGACGAGCCCUUGCUGGAACGGUUGCGCAUCGCUGCCACCGACCCAGUCUCUGAUCCCCUGGUCAAACAGAAAUGCAAGCAGUUGUUCGGACAAUGGGCCGCAUCAUACAAGGACACCCCCGGCAUGGAGCGGGUGACGGCGCUCUAUCGCCAGCUGCCCAAACGCAAGCAGCCGGCUACCCAGGCGAAGGCCAAAGUGCUACGCGACUCGGCCACAUCCGACGAGCCCGUAAUGGGACAUACGGUGUCGGUCUCCGCCGGCAACGGGCCCGCGACCGUCCUCAGCGGACCGAAACAUAAGCACACAUCCAGCCGCUCCUCGCGCAAGGAGAAGAAGGAGAAGAGGACGCUCAGCCGCAGUUUCAGCCUGGACAAGGAGAAGCCGGAGAUUUUGCAGACGCUGGCGUCCUCCUCGGUCGCCAGUACGAACCUUCUCAACGCGCUCAAAUUGGUCAACCGCGAGACACACCGGGUCAGCGAAGAUGCAGAGGUCCUCAACCGGUUUGAGACCUGCAAGACGCUCCGGCGCCAGAUCCUGCGGUACAUCCAGCACGUCGAAAGCGAGGAGUACCUAGGCAGCCUAAUCCAUGCCAACGAGGAGCUCGUCACGGCAUUGAUGGCCUUCGAGGUCCUGGACAAGAGCGUUGACUACGACAGUGACAGCGACCAAGAUGUGAUUGAGAGCGGCUGGACCCCUGACCGCGACGACCUCCCGGAGUCCUUCGCCGGGUUGACUGUCAACCCGCCUAAGCCUCCGCGUCCGCCCCGGCCGCUCAGCUUAUCCAUGCCUUCCUCCUCAUCGAGACGCAAGACGUACAGUGAUAGCGAGUCCGAGACUGAUGAGGACGACGACGAGAACAAUCCAUUUGGGGACCGAAAUGAGAUCCGGACCCCUGCGCAUGAGAGAAGUGAACCUACCUGGAAGGAAGUUUGAAUUCUUGACGUGUUUGUUUAUGUGAAUGUGUGUUUAUCAAAGACAGGACGGCGUUGCUUUUUGUCCUUUCCGAUGGCGCUCAGAUUCCAUGGCCUUUUCUGCACCCCCGUUUUUUAUUUCCUUGUGCGAUUCAACUUGUUCAUGACUCGAAUGCUAUUGUUAUUAUACUCUAUCUUGUUCAAACAACGCCUUGAGAUGGCCGUCUCGCCUGAUUUCUUUCUUGAGACUUGGGGAAGAAAUGCCCCUGUUACCUUACCCUUCUUCCACCCAAUCCCCACCGAUUUUCGAUCUUUGAUCUCAGGAGAUAGAAGUUUUCGAGAAAAAGAAUAUUCCUAUUAUAACAAUCGAUCGAAAUGAAUUAUUACAUAUUA